AUGCAUAUCCUUCUUCUCCUCAUUCGCAGCCAUCUUCUUCUUGAAGGCGGCGUGGUUCUCGGCCUUCUUCACCUUGCGCUUGGCGGCGGCGUCGUUGCGGAUGGUGAGGAGCUCCUGCAUGAAGCUGCGGGCCUUCUUCUCCUCGCGGUCGUUGGUGACGACGGCGCGCUUGUCCAUGUAGGUGGCCUUCUUCUGCCGCUUGGUCUCGACGAUCUGGGACUUGAAGGGCAGCUCGGCGGCGAGGGCGCGGGGCACGCGGAGCGGGUUGAAGUGGCGGUUCUCGCGCUCGAUCUUGCGGUACUGGCUGUUCUUGAGCUGCGGGGUCUCGACCCCCUCGUCGCGGCGGACCUGGCCCGUGAGGCGCAUGGCCUGCCAGCCGAGGAGGUUGUUGACGGGGUUGUAGAAGCGGUGGGGCCGGACGGGGUACCAGGCGCGGAGGAAGACGAUGUCGCUGAGGAGGAUCUUGUCCUCGAAGGUGGCGCGGAAGUGGCCGUCGGGUUUGGAGAGGGCGCGCUUGAUCUGGCCGCGGAUGCCGGACACGGUCUUGAUGGAGGCGCCCUCGAACUUGGCGAUCUCGAGGGACGAGGAGAACAUGUUCUUGAUGAAGGCGGUGUUCUUGAAGAUCUUGUAGGGGUGGCCGGUGAGCUUGAGCUUCUUGACGAUCUCGGUGGACUCGUCGACGCUGAGGACGGUGCCCGUGGCGGCGAUGCGGAAGCCGGCGGUGGAGGGGGCGAGGGAGUUGAAGCAGACGAAGCCCGUGUUGGGGGCGAUGAGGGGCGCAUAGAUGGUGCCGAAGCAGUGCAUGUGCUCGGGGGUGUACUUGAGCAUGCGGCUGCGGGUGCGCGAGUCCGACAGGCUGUAGAUGGGCAUGGUCUGGAAGCGGCGCCAGCCCAGGGAGAAGAUGAGGGGAUCGUUGGUCUUGAGGAUCCUCUUGUGCCAGCGGUGGCGCUUGAUGCGGACCUGGACGAAGCCGAAGCGGUCCUCGGUGGCAGACAGGCCGCCGACGAUGAUGGGGGUCCGCGAGCUGAACCUGGUAACGAACUCGGCGGGGACGUUCUCGAGGACGAUCUUGGCGUACUUGCCUGCGCGGUAGCCCUCGACGGCCUCGCGCUGGCGCUCGUCCAGGUUGUCGAACUCCUCCUUGUUGAUGUCGAGCUGCUUCUGGAUGACGGCCUUUUGGGCGUCGUACCAUUCGUCCUCUCCAAACUCUUGGAUGUCGCCGCCGUCGCGUCGGGCGUUGGCCUUGUCGUUGAGGAAUCCGUCUCUGUCUUCUUCUUCGAAGCGCUGCUUCAGUUCCUCCUUCCUUGCCGCGUUCUUCUUGCGCUCGGCUUCGAUCUCUUCUGCGGUCUGCUGCUGAGGCUCUGUUGGUUGCUCGGCCUCGAGGUCUUCAAAGACACCAUCGCCCUCGUCAUCCUCGUCGUCGUCCCCAAAUCCAUCCAUGUCAUCAUUGUCACCGUCAUCAUCGCCGUCUUCGUCGCCUCCGCCGAAGCCGCCGGUUGCGAACCUGCGUUGUAG